UUGUGGUCAGACUAUUUAACUUACGUGACAAUUCUUCACGUGCUGUUAAUCUGGUUAUUGAAGUGACUAAUCUACUGGGGGUAUAAUAUAGUUCAGUUCGCUUAAUAAACUAUCAUACACAGGUACUAUAACAUCCUCUACAAAGAUUGCACAUACAGUUUGAAGGCCUCAAAUAUGAAGUUAACAAUACAGAUAUUGGAACUUUUACUUACAUAUAUCGUGGUAUCAGAAUGCCUUGUUGAAUCACGUGAUCCCGGGAAUCACCUUUCAUUGGUUCAUCUUCUACGAUCAAAGCGUUUUGAUUUUACCAUGUUCAGUUGUACCGACUGCAGACCAGUGAUGGAGUGUCACACAGAUUCAUACUGCAAGUAUAAAAAGGGAGACAGAUAUUCAUGUCAGUUUAGAUGUUGCUCGUUCCGGUGUGUUAUUGCUGGUUCUAGUGGCCAUCGUGCUAACAACAUCUUCCAGGAUGACGAGCCACGUGAUGAAACUGGAAAUGUCAGUGUUGAUAAACAACAAUAUCAGGAGUUUACGACAACAGAUGAAUUGAACAUUGAAGACAAUAUGAAUGUCACAGCAACCGCUUUACCCUCUGUAAGUUUAGAUAUAAAGGCAGAAUCGACAACUCGGGUAGUAACUGACAACACAGUAAAUAACAAAAGCAGGGAUGAGGAUGGCUGACUUUGAAGCAAUGAUUGUCAAUACUAGCCCUUCUAUUUCAAUACAUUUUGAUUGAUAAUAGAUAUAUAACAGGAAAAUGCUAAUCCUAAAAUUAGUUUUCUUCCAAUCCGCUUCCUGAACAAAGAAGAACAAUUUCCAAAAUUAAAUUGUUGGAGAUUUUUGCUGUGCAUUGCUUGUUUGUAUAUAACAUAGAGACGAUGCAGAUUGUUAUUGAGUCGAAGAACAAAUUGACCUUAAUUUUAACAAAAUGCUUUUAAAAUGUGUAACGUUUAUGAACUUUCGUCUUUUUACCGUCUAGAGCUUGAACUAAAAUGGACGUUCUUACUUAAACAAACUGGUAUUUUGAAUAGAGCUGAAUAGAUUUAUUCACCUUUCACAACAAUACAGUUAAAUACUUGAAUUUUUAUAAAAUCAAUAAUGAAAAUGAAUUUGUAUGUGUUACAACCCAUUUCUAACCGUAAGGAAAUUUCUCCUGAACACUCAGAUAUGUAAGAAGUCUGUACAUAUGCAUUAAUAGAAACAUACUGGCAUACACUUGUCUAUCUCUUACAACGUUUAGGGAUACUAUUGUUGUUACUGUUGCUUACAUACUUUAUCACGUUAUUUAGAAUGUAGUAAAUAAAAUUGUUUGCAUUAUAAAGUGAGAAUUCUAUCAUUUCGACCAUCCUGGACUUGUUAUAUGCUGACAAAUAUUAACUUAUAUAUAUAUAUAUAUAUAAAUACAUACAAUAAA